UCGGUGGUAGCGAAGCAAACCCCGUGGUUUGCCAUCGCUUCGCCGUGGGAAUCACCGAAAAAGAAGCUGGCCUCCCCAGCGCGCUCCACCGUCCCCCGCCUCGUUCCCGUCUUCCUCCCGCCCGUUCUCGGGUCUCUUCUCUCCGAUUCCCGCCGGUUCUUUCCCGCCAUAAAUAACGGAUAGGCACCGCAAACCUCCCCUCCGAAGGGGACGGCUUGGCUCAAGAAUCUGGGUGACCCUGUUCUCUUGGUUCGCUCGUUCGAUUUAGAAUGGGGAAUUGCAUGGAUAAGAGGCGUGCUAUUGUCAAUUCUGAGGAAAAGCUGGAAUACAGUGGUGGAAAUGUUCAUAUCAUAACUGAUAAAGGAAGCUGGGAUGAGAAGAUAUCAGAAGCAAAUAAGGAUGGCAAGAUAGUUGUGGCAAAUUUUCAUGCAUCCUGGUGCGCCCCCUGUAGAUUUGUUGCACCUGUUUAUUCUAAGCUAUCUAAGGCGUUCCCUUCGUUCACUUUUCUGUCAAUAGAUGCUGACCAGAUGACAGAAAUCAGUACGCCAUGGGAUAUCCAGGCGACUCCAACAUUCAUUUUCCUAAAAGAUGGGCAGCAGCUGGAUAAGCUCGUAGGUGCCAACACAAUUAAGCUUGAGGAGAAGUUAAAAAAUUUAGCCGACCUUCAUUGACAAAGUGUUCACGAUGAUGCCAUCCUCUCUGAAUUUAAUUUUUCCUACGGUUAAUGGUGGAAGCAGAGUGAUUUUGAUCGAUGGCCUCUCACAUGCUUAUCAUUUGCAGCCCAACAAUCUGUAACAUCAGAAUUCAGAUGAUCUCAUAGGAUGGUUCACAUGAUAAGAUGCCUCUGUAUCACUCUACUUGUUCCAGGAUCAAGUUUUCAGGAGUCGUAAUCUCACUAGUUAAACAUUUCCUGAAUCUGAGUUGUUAACCUUGGUUAGGACUUAUUCUGGCUUUUGCAAUGUAUGAGCGAUGAAAUUGAUAAGCUAGAUUAGCUGAUACUUAACCUAGGUUCGCAAGAGAGUCUGCAGGAGCCUUGUCAUCUAUGUGAGUAUAUGAUCUGGCACCCUAAAUGCAACAAUUUUUUGACAUUUAUACAGGAAAGCUGCCAUCAGACUACCAAACAAA